AAUCCAAAUAUCAUUAGUCCAGAUUUAGAUGUUCCAUCCGAUGUAUUGCCAUAUGUUAUUAGCAAGGAUUUUAAUACAGAUAUACUAAAACAAUCGUUCAGAAACUGGACUGAACUCUCGUUGGUUACAUGGACGCGGUACAUUAUUGAAAAGCAUGAACUAGAAAACGAACCAGAAUUUGCAGAAAAAUUUCUAAGUUGUAUUCCGACUCAAUUUGGUGUAAAAAGACCCAACGAAGCAUAUUUUCAAGAUGUAACACUAUUUUCGGAUUUACCUAAUAUUAGCAUAAAGGGUAAUGAAGAAUUUUUUAAAAUGUUGGGAAUACACAAGCAUGUGGAGUUAGAUCGCGUUUUCUCUCGACUUGUUAAUAACGAAAAUUUAAAUCAUAUGAAGCUUGUAGAAUAUUUUGCUAAGCAAGUGAAAAAUCUUAAAGCUAAUGAUGUAGAAAGAUUAAAAACAUCCGCGAUUUGGAUAAAAGAAAGUGAUGACAAUAAUAAGUCAGAUACCAAUGUUCAAAGAUAUUUAGCAAAAGAAUUGUAUGCGCCAUAUGCACAAAAUAGAGAACUUGAGUUGCCA